AGGGGAAAUACAGGGGAAAUAGGGGGGAAAUAAAGGGACGCGGUCCCUUUAAGACUCAGCCCCUCCGUUGGCUGAGCUCCACCCCUCUGCCGGAACCUCCUCAUUCCAUUGGCCGAGCCCGCUGUCCAUCAGCCCCAGAGGGCGGGCCGGAUCUUCGAACUAUCACCCCAUUGGUUGCAUCGUACUGUCAAUCAUCUCAGAGGGGCGGACCGAAAGCUUCAAACCUCGCAUUCUAUUGGCUCCCUUACUUCCGUGUGGGCGUGUUGUCGCUUCCUAUUGGUUGAUUGCACUGAGGGGCGGGACGAAGCUUCCAGAAGAACCGGGGCGGCGGUAAGGCCGCAAAGAUGAAGGCGAUGGCGGAACCGGGACCGGGCCUGGUCGGAACCGGGUCGGUCCCACCGGGUUCGGUGUCGCUGUCUGUGAGCAGCAACCUCAGCGCCUUCACGUCUCUACGGCGCUACGGGACCGAGCUGAGCGUCGCCGAGAUCAAGCGGAAGCUGGAGCUGGUGGUGGGGGUCUCGGCCCCAUGGAUGGAGCUGGAGCUGCGUGGUGCUGGUGGGGAGUUCCUGGCCCGUCUCGAACCCGAUGACGCCCUAUUGGGAUCCUUCCCCGUCAGCGACGGCUGCGGGCUGCACGUGGGUCCCAUUGUCCCUAAUGUGACCCCAAUGAUCCCCAACGUACCCCAUGUCCCCUUCCCUGCUGUCCUCAUCCAGCUCCUGACCCCACACAGCGCCCCAAUGUCCCCCAAUGGGGACUCGGUCCGUUCCUUCCUCCGUCGGCGCCGUUGGGGCCGGUUUGACGAGGACGCGGAGCGACAGCGCGGGGCGGAAGCGGAGCAGAGACGGGCGGAAGAGGCCGAGCUGGCGGCCGCCAUGACACCGGGAAGUCGUUGUUUGGUCAGUGUACCGGGACAGCCACAGCACCGCGGAACCAUCGCGUACGUGGGACUCACUGACUUCAAACCCGGACAUUGGGUUGGGGUCCGCUAUGAUGAGCCGGUGGGCAAACACGACGGCAGUGUCGGUGGCCGCCGUUACUUCGAGUGCCCUCAUCCUUAUGGGGCCUUUGUCCGCCCUCAACGAGUCACGGUGGGGGAUUAUCCAGAGGAAGACGACGGGUUGGACGAGCUCUGAGGGCUGAAUUUUGGGGUAAAACAAAGCGAUUUUGGGACUA